CAGCCAUGCAGCAGGAGCUUCUUUUCAAAGUCCUGGUCAUUGGAGACUUAGGAGUGGGGAAGACGUCCAUAAUCAAGCGGUACGUGCAUCAGAUCUUCUCCCAGCACUACCGAGCCACCAUUGGGGUGGACUUCGCCCUGAAGGUGUUGCAGUGGGACAGUAACACUGUGAUCCGGCUACAGCUGUGGGAUAUUGCAGGACAGGAGCGGUAUGGGAACAUGACUCGUGUCUAUUACCGGGAGGCGGUGGGAGCACUGGUGGUGUUUGACGUGACGAGGGCCUCAACGUUCGACGCCGUGCUGAAGUGGAAGGAUGACCUGGACUCCAAGGUGACACUGAACCAUGGGAGGCCAGUUCCAGCUGUACUCUUGGCCAACAAGUCAGACCAGCUGGUUUCCCAGCAACCCAAACUCGACGUCUUUUGCAGGGAGAACGGCUUCGUCGGAUGGUUUGAGACUUCUGCAAAGGAAAACACAAACAUUGAGGAGGCAGCCCGCUGCUUGGUAGAGCACAUUCUGAGAAACGAGGAGAGUCUAGUGACAGAGCGAGAACCUGGCUCGCUCAUCCUGUCUGGAUGCACUACGACAUCAAAGCAGCAUCUCGGCUGCUCCUCGUGUUCAAAAUGGUAACGUCUGACAUCAACAGGCGACCAAGACGGGAAGGCCACGAGAAAUGUUUGACUCAGGGACCGCUUUAAGAAAAAUUCUGGCUCAGAGUGAUAGAUUUGAUUUUAAAAACAUCUUAAAAGUGUUUAAAGUUUAUGAAGUUCUGUGGAUAUCAAAUGUGAUUUGUAUUACUUUAUUUCUUUAUUCAUUUUUGGGGGUUUUUUUUGUCCCUCCACACAAACUUAAACAAUCUUAGAAAUCAAAACACUAAAAAAAAAAGAAAAAAAAGUUGGUACAUGCAGUUUUUAUUAUUGGCACUUUCUGCAUGCUUCUUUAACUUGCUUUGAAUCGACAGCGUGACACUGAUAUUUGAACUGACAGGUCUCUGUGGCACUUUUAUUCUGACGCUUAUGUAACAUGAAAAAUAAUUCCAAACUUUGAUGUUUUUGCCUGCAGUGUGAACACAGACACGAAAACAUGAAUCUUCCUUGCGUUAUUUGCACUUUUCCUCGACCUACGUUUCUAUCUGUGAUUAACCGCUCGCUAAAAAUGUCAACUUCAUGAAUACUGCAUUGUGAGCUUGAGAUACAUAAAAGCAGCUGCUCAGCUUUGGAUAACAUAUAGACUGGGAACUGGGAAAACAGCCUGACUCAGGGAGGGGCUUCAUACUGUUCAACCCUGCUGCUUGAAGCACUAAUACUGACCUCAACUCAGCUGGGACGAGAAGUCAUAUACAAUCUCUUUGCAUAUGACUCGGUAGCAUUAGCAAUUUAUAGCAAACACACUGUGUUGGCUAUGUUUUUUAAUAGGAUUUUCAAGGACCUACAUCACUCUCUUUUGUAUAUGGAUUUGAGUGAACAUUUAAUAUUGGGUGGGCCACAUGGGAUUUUCUGUUUUUUAAGUGAGCACCACACUCUUGGCUUCAGAAAUAACUGCUGUAUGGGAAUGAAAUCUCUUUGCAACAGCUAUCGCCACCUCGUGGCUUCAGAUAGAAGGCAGGUUUAAGAUACUUUCCUAUUGGCUUAAUUUUUCCAACCCCAAAAUCAGCUCGAUGUUUUAUAUUGUCUAUGGGCGCGCUUGGUCUAAUAUCCACUGCCAAGCCAAUGGAUGUCGUGCAUCAACAGUGCCUCUAUGAUAAGGCUCAGAUAUUUGAGGCGAUAAGCCCAGAGCAGAGGCGGGCAAUUAAUUUUCCCACCGGAAUCACAUGAGAAGCUGGAACUGCUGUGGAGGGCCACACCAAUCAGCUUGUAGAGAUAUGAAAUUAAUACUGAGCAGAAUUCAGCUCGUCUUAUUGGUGCAGCUGCAGUUUAUCAUGUGGCCCCUGUGGGAAAAUUAAUUGCCCACUGGUGGCCCAGAGGAAUAAUAAUAAUAAUAACAAUCAUAACAAAGAAUUUAGCCAACAAUAACACUAAGUGGGAUUUUUUUGCUUUGCACCAAUCUCAUUGAAUAUAUUUUUCUUCUACACUGCAUCAUGAGCUGAUGAAGUGGAAAAUCUGUUCUGGCACAGUGCUGAGGAAACUAAACAAGAAUCCUUUGCAGUCAGGAAUAAACAGAGAAGUAUCAGGGACCCUGGAGGGGAGACAGUUUAGCAGAUAUGGCCACUAAAAGGACCAUUCAAUUAGCUGAUAAGAUACUAAAGACUGUUUCUGAAUUCAUUAAUUAGAAACAGCAGUAAGAAUAAAACAAUUAAGACAUCUGUGGGUCCUCCAGUGCUCUGCCUCUUCCUGAUAUACUGAUGGAUAUUCAGUCGGGUGCUAAUUUACAUUUGUUGUCUGUAUUUUAAAUGUGGUUUCAGUGAAGAAUCUCAUUUUUGCAGUAUUUCACUCUUAACUUUCACCACAAACUCUUGGCUCUGUUGUUCAAAUGGGACAUUUUCUUCAGCUCGAAAAUCAAUUUCUUGCCAGUCCAAUAAAAAAAUGUGGUAUGUGCUACUCUUCUUCUGCACAGCCGCUUUUGUUGAGCUUGUUUUGUGUGUUAUUUGAAGGUCCAUGUUUUCAAAUUAGGCAUCUGUUUUAUAUUUUUCUUCACUGCCUUUGAUGUGCAAUAGCACGGCCUUGAGAAUAAAGCCAUUUGUCUGCA